AUGCCACGGCUCCCAGCGAACCCGUUUCGCUUCGAGUGUCCUGCCGGCCUUUCUAAUCUGUCCACAACUUCAAACAGUCAGACAGCGCCCCCACUGCUGUUCCUCGACUGUCCCCGGAUUCCCCUACGGUCAUCGACAACAGCCGACGCGGCGCCUAUAAAGCUGCCUCACCUACGCGCGGCGCUCUGUGGGCUUGGUGGCUGUGCCACGAUGCAGUCAUCUAACCCGUUCGCCUAUGCUACGCAGGUCAGUAAGCCGUAUUGUCUUUUCACAAAAAAAUCAAGCGACUACUGUCUUCUGCAGCUACCAAGCCCACAGUGCUGCCUUUCCAUUGCUAUUGAGUGUGCUGAUGUUGUACGUGCUUUGUUGUUACUGGCCGGCGAUGUCGAGACAAACCCAGGUCCUGACGCGGUUCUCGAUGAACUAAAAAAACUAUCUGCUGGACAGUCACAACUACUCACCGAGGUUCAAGGUCUUAAAAAUCAACUAAAAACUACGGAACAAGCUAUAUCUGCCCUCAGUAACAGAUUAUCCGACCUAGAAACUCACUAUCAAGAUCUGGUUGCCCUACGCACCGAUAUAGAUUCGAUAUGCGCUAAUGCCACCCAAACAGCCAAAGACAUCAGAGAAAUAGAAGCCCGCCUGGAUGACGCGGAAAAUCGCUCGCGGCGCAACAAUCUAAUUUUUUAUAAUAUCGCAGAUAACAAUAAAUCGGAAACCUACGCCGAAUCUGAAGAAACAGUCCUUCGCCUCUGCCGUGAUCACCUAAAUAUAACCAUUGACCCGAAAGAAAUUGAACGGGCUCACCGUCUUGGACGCCAUUCUGCUGGGCGUGUUCGCCCAAUAAUAGUUACAUUUACAUUUUUUAAAACCAAGGAGUUUAUCCUUUCCAAUGGCCGUAAGUUGAAAGGGACUGAUUACGGCAUUGGGGAAGACUUUUCACGCCCUGUCCGAAUCGCACGAAAGCACCUCAUUACAUUUGCCAAAACUAAAGCCACAAAAUUUUCCUUGCGCUACAAGACAUUGUCCAUUGGCCCUAAGCGCUAUGUAUUCGACGAGCCAUCGCAAACGAUAAAAGAAAUCGCAUAGCAUACGGCCCGUCGUCAAGUAACUAAACUUCCUCGUAACAGCCCUCGCGGUAAAUUACCAGCUCUUUCUUUUUCUAUUAUCUUUACAAAUAUACGCAGUUUCCUCCCCAAGCGCGAGCACAUUUGUAAUCUUGUUUCAUCAUCGGCCAGCAACAUACUUAUACUAACGGAAACAUGGCUAACAGAUGACAUCACCGAUACAGAAGUUUUAGCUGACCUACCUAACUUUAAUAUUUUCCGUAAAGACCGCAAGGGCUCCAGAGGAGGAGGUGUUCUAAUUGCCACUAACCAGCAAUUGCCCUGUUCAGUCAUUAACAUCCCAUCAGAACUUGAAAUACUAUGGGUAAUCUGCCGUUCUGCACCUCAAACCGUCAUACUAGGCGUCUGCUACAGA